AUGGAUAUCGCCAUCGUAGGUGCCGGCAUAACCGGGCUGGCGGCCGCCAUCUCCCUUCGGCGUAGCGGACACCGGGUGACCAUCUACGAGCGGUCGUCCCUCGCCAACGAGGUCGGGGCGGCCAUCAAUGUGCCUCCCAAUGUUGCCCGCUUCCUGAUUCCGUGGGGCCUCGACCCCGUGCGGCACCGCUUUGUAAAGACGCCGGGCAUGUACUUUAUGUCGCAUGAGACACUGGAACCGCUGCCCGCAGUUACGGACCACUCGCGGAACACGGAGCUGUUCGGGGCACCCCUGUUUUACGCGCACCGAGUGGACUUGGUCGAGGCUCUGCGAGAGCUGGCCACCGAUCCCAGCGGGCCGGGCCUCCCGGCAGAGAUCCACCUCAGGUCCGAGGUCCGCAGCUAUGACACGGAAACACCAUCCAUCACCCUCGCCAGCGGAGCCAUCGUAAAAGCCGACCUCGUUGUCGCGGCCGACGGUGUGCACUCGAUCGGCGUCGAGCACGUCCUCGGCCGCCCUAACUCUUCCGAGGUGCCGUCGUUUCCAAAAGUCAAUCUCUGCUACCGCUUCCUGAUCCCAAAGACGAGCGUCGACGACGACCCCGACACGCGCUUCUUCAACGAAGACUGGCGGUCCCGCGGCUGCAGGCUAUGGGUUGACAUCGCGGGGAAGAAGAGGGUCAUCUCUUAUCCUUGCCGAAACUACGAGGUCUUGAACUUCAUCAACAUCAUCCGCGAUGAGCAGGUGGUGUCGAGCCAAGAAGACUGGCUUGCGUCGGUCGACAAGUCAGAGGUGUUGGACAAGUGGUCCAACUUCCACCCCAAGCUGUUGGCCGUGAUGAACAAGGCCACCGAGGUGAAGCGCUGGCCGCUGCUCUACAGGCCGCCCAUCUCGACUUGGCACAAGGACCGGAUGGUGCUCGCGGGCGACGCUGCACACCCAAUGCUACCCCACCACGCCCAAGGCGGAGCCCAAGGGAUUGAGGACGGCUUGGCCCUCGGGCUUGCUCUGCACGGCGUCACGGACGCGUCGCAGAUUGGAGAACGCCUCGUGCUCUACGAGACGAUCCGCAGGGGCAGGGCGUCGGCCAUCCAGAUCAUGAGCAACUACGGCUUCGACGAGGAGGCGCCCGAAGAGCUGCUCGACUUUUUGGAGGGGCAGCCGAUUCCCAGUACGUGCUCCGUCUUUGCAACCUCCGUCUUUGCAGUUGCACCCGCAAGCCGGGCGCUUUUUGGUGGCGACAGCAAGGCAGACUAA